AUGGCGUCUACACCACUGGGUUUCGAUGCCCAGGAUGCACAAGCAUUGGAGGAAGGUACCUUUAGCAAACCUUCGAAUUCAACAGCAAGAUCGAGCACACCAAUCGUGACGACGACGCCGACGAUGAUCGUGGGUCUUGACAGCCCUAGCGCAAGUAACGGGAACGGGAACGUUAUUCCGCCUUUCUCGAACCAGAUCCACAUCCAUCCUACACAAACUCUGCCCACUCAUCUACCACCUACGUACGGUUAUCUCAAUGGUAUCGACACGGACACCAAACAGGGGGGUGUUCGUUCCCUACCGCACAAGAAAUCCAACAGGGCUCUAUCCGCAGCAUCGAUCGUCGCUUCAUCGACCUCAACGUCCAACGCGAGUCCGGGCGCAGGGGGAAUGGAAUGGGAGUCUUUCAAGAUGAGGGCAGGGACGGUGUUAAGGCAAUGUAAGAGGGUGUGGGAUAAGGAUGGGUUAGCUGGGUAGGUUUCGGAUCGUGCUGGGGUGCUCUCUCGUGAGCGUGGUCACGGGGUUUGAUCCAACCUUCGCGGAGUCCGAUCCCGAUCUCGAUCGUGUCGUUUUCCCUGGGAACCCGUGUCGCGAAGCGAUAUGGCCGGUUUUCAUACUGGUUCUCCGUAUUGAUGUUUCUGGUUUAACUCUACAGCCUUCAACAAAAAUGGCGGCAUACAGCGGUGCCCUCCCAGCUCGCACGCGCACCACCACGUCGACGAGCUCUAGCCCUCCUUACGCUCGUCGUCAUUCUCCUAUUCCUCCUCUUCUCGCGAGGCAACUCCAACUCAGUAGGCAACGAAAAAGCCCACGCCAUUCUCCGAGAUUCCGGUGUGAGCGGAGCCAUCAUCGAUCGCACGACGGGUACCCAUCGAAGUGCGAACAAGGCCAAGGUCCUGGAAUCCUUCACGAAUCCGUAUGGGUUCAUGAACCUGAUCGAUCCGUAUGCGGGAGGGGUGUUCAAUCCUUCGAUUUUGGUCUUGCCUGAUACGGUUGGCAACGAUCGGAGAUUCUUGUUCGUGGCGAGGGGGCCGGAAAAGUAUGAGGUCAUUGAUGGGGACGAUACGAGGUGGGAGCAUGUAUUAGGGUCAGUCCUUCCACAUCCUUGGGCUGCUAGGGGGUUUUAAACCACCAGGAACUGAUGUUCCUUCUACUGCAGGUGCUUUAUGAUCGUCCUGAAACGGGCCCACCUCAACCUUCCUUACCUCGCGAGGGAGACCGAGUUGGAAACGCUCAAACUGCCGGCAAAGCGGAAAGUCGAAUACCUGCGAUGCCAUGACCCCAUAUUUGAUCAGGUGAGCGGGUUGAAGGCAACUUCCAAGAAAAUCGAUGACCCCGCAAGAGCAAGAAAGGUACUGACCCUGCAGCGUUCGUCGCUUUCUGCAGUUCAUUGGCCCCGAAGACCCUCGACUGUUCUUCACCAACGAUGGACAACCGCUCCUCAUCUACUCGCAAACGGGUCGAUCACCCAACAUUUGUCGGGCCAUUUACCUCAUCGACGCGAGGGUCGUCGUACCGGGGUUGAGCAAGGCCUUGAAGAAAGGAGGAUGGAACGCUCCAAUCGUGUUUUCGGAACAAACGGAUUUGAUUCGCGAUAACCAGUUCAAUAUCGAGAAAAAUUGGGCCCCGUUCUUGGGGGAAAAGGAUGAGGUGGGUGAUCCUUCAACUCGAUAAUUUGAAAAAGGUGGCUGAACCAGAGCUCUUGUCGGGUCUGAUUCCACCAGCUGCAUUUCCACGUCUCGCUCGUACCUCAAGAAGUGUACAAAUACGUCCCCGGGAUGACAUUACGAGCGCUGGACCCCAACCCGCCGAAACACAACUGCUUGACGAGCAUCGUGAAUGCGCAAAUGAACCGCGUCAAGUUCCAUCAUGCGACACCGUUGUUGAGAGCGACGUUGUGUCGUCGUGGGGAGUGCAAACCGGAUAUUCAUAAUACGGUCUUGUUUGGUAUGAUUCACGUCAAGUAUCAUCCCGAGGUGGGUCGAAGCCAGCAGAGUCUCGUUCCGAAGAAGACUGUUUGCUGAACUGUUUGGUUGCAUUCAUUUCAAAUUAGCCCUACCUCUUCUAUGAACGACGCAUCGUAACAUGGAACGUCACAGCUCCUUACAACUACUUGAGCGUAUCCAAACCACUCACGUACAGUGGGACGAACCAGGCCGAUCCGAUCUUUACCGUCUCGAUUGCAUGUCAGUCUAAACCUCGAAACGCGAUUGGCUACAAGUGAACGAGAAUGCUGACCGAAUUUGGGGACUUUGUACAGGGGAUCAUCCGUCCGAUCGACAUGGUCUGGGGCUGAACCAUGGCUUCCUUGACGAUACAAUCGUCACUUCUUUCGGAGUGGUGAGUUGUAUGAAGCCACAAAAGCGACGAUCCCCACGAUACUGACUCUGAAAGCAUUUUUCUGAUGUGCUAUCAGGGCGAUUACGGCUCCGCCUACAUCGACAUCCUCGCUCGUGACCUCUUGACCGACCAUGAGAUUUGCGAAGGGUUCGGCAAACAUUCCUUGUUCGGUUAA